AUGGCGGGCAAUCCUUUCAGAAAGUCACAGUUUCUGUCGCUCGACGUUUCUGCGGCGCGUGAGGCAGCGGGACUCGAGACUAGUCAGAGUCAGCCAGUAGCAACAUCCACAAGCACUCAGGCCAAGACAAAAGGGAAGGUGCAGAAGAAGGUUCGCAUUCAGAGUCCAGUCAUCUCGCCGGACUCUCCCGCCGCCUACCGGGAUCAACAUGACCCCUUCAACUCAUACCUCAACCCUGUGGGACAGCCUGCACUACCAACGACCGAAGAGCAAGACAUAGACGUUGCGCGCGAGCUGCGCAAGUCCUUCAUAGACUCGCUGGCAAGAGGAGCAACCGUCCCGAAUAGAGAAGCCUCAGAAGCAGCUGUACCAAUAGCUCCACCGACAGCUCCACCAAUAGCUCCAGCUCCUGCUCAAGCUCCUGUUCCUGCACCAGAAAGAAUGGAAACAUCAUCUCAGCCCGUGCAGCAAGCACCAUACAAUCCCUUCGCUAGAACGCUGGCCACAAUCGAUCCUCAGAAUGCCGCCUCGGUGCCUGUCGGUCUCUCCAAGGACACAUCCACUGCUUCCGCUAAGCCGGCCAUGGACGUUGAUGCCUUCACGCGUAUGCUCUUGACAGGAAACACUCCUUCUGCAUCACCAGGACCCAUGACACCAUCAGCUGGCCUUCCGUCUGCUGCUGCCAACUCACUCGGAGACCUGCAUCCCGAGUCUCCUCCUGCUUCCGACGACGACGACCAUCACGAUGAUCCUCCGGAACCCGACUACGAGCAACUGACAGGCCUUGUCAGAACAUCAGAUACCCAGCCGAAGAAGCCCAAGCCGCCGCCUCCUGCGCAUCACCACGGCAAGGCUCUGUCAACUCCUAACAAAGGCCCGCAAACUGUCUCAUUCGCUGACUUUGACGUUGCUGCAACCCCUCCUGCUCUACCUUCACCAUCAAUCGCUUCGCCGAAGCCACAACUCGUCCGGAGUCCUUCUGAUUUGAACAAACCCUUACCUCCACCUCCCCCACCGCAACACUCGCCCAGCCCAGAUGCAACUCCCUCUAUCCCAGAGCAAGUUGAUGGUCCUGCUCAGUCACCACAGCUGCCUGCCGAGGAUUUCAGCCUCAACUCGAAAAGACCACCUCCGAUACCAUUGUCACGCAGAAGCAGUCAGAUGAGAAGCUCAAGCGGCCGGCCCCGUAGCAGCUCCAAUCUCUCACGAUCUUCUGUCCCUGACGACUACUCAGAUGGCACAGCGACACCUCCUACAGAUCUGCCGAUUCCGUCAGGACAGCCACCACCUCCCCACCAUCCCGCAAUACAAAACAACGACCUCCGAGCUUUGGAUGGCACACUGCUUAGCGCUUCUGCUCCCAGUUCGCGUCGCAUGAGCGAUACCAGCCGUCGAUCAAGUGGAGCUAGUUUCUACUCGGGUGGAGGCAGAACACCCUCUGUUUCGUCCAUUCCUACAGUCGACGAAGGUGAUUCGGGAGAAGAUAGGAGUUUUAAUGCUACCCCACAACCCCAGACGCAACAUGCUGGUGAGAAUGGCGGCGGUAGUGCAGGAGGCGGUAACAUCUUGGCUGAACUUGAUGCCAUGCAGGCUGAAAUUGAUGCGCUGAUGGCGAAGUCAAAAGGUGGCUCUUGA